CUGCGAUGCGUCCACUCGUUCUACAGUACUACUGGAGACUACCUGAGUCGGAUUCCGUGCAUGUGGCAUGUCGAAUGGGUCUGUGAGUACCGACUCUACCAAGUAUCAUCAACUGUUGCCACUUAUCGUGGGACACGGAUGAUAUAAGGGACAACUAAUACCUACCUCAGCCUUGAGGUAUACAUGUAGCUCGAGAACUAAUCGUCGCCCCGCCAUUCCGACGACUCGUCGACACUCUAUUCUUUCUCUCUUCUACACCCACUACACCACCUGCAUACACUUCACACUCGACACCACACUGACCACCGCAUUGGCUCCGUGGCCGUUGCGAAGUGAAACGUGCCGCGACGCACGCACAACAGACUGACAUGGCAGGACUCGUACCUCGUAGUUACUGACGGUAUCAGAAGAGGGUGCACUACCUCCUAGGACCUCCUAGUACCUUAGUAGUAGAACGACUCGCCCAAUGCAGAUGGCAGCGCGCGCGCGUCUAAUUAAAAACAAUGCCUCCUGCCGGGUAUAAUACACAUGGGCAUGCACCUUGUCAGAGUCCAACACCAGACGAUCCCGCUCUGCAAGAAUCAUAAGAUCCGCGAAUGGCCCAGACUGUUCCCCGUCAGCAAGCACGAUUACUAUCUACCUGACCUACCUUACGGUCCUUACCUGCCCUGACCUACAUUACCUCCCACUGUGGUAUCACUCCAAAAGUCCGCUGACUCCCGUGUCCAGCUCCUUGCGAACACCGCCUCUUUUCUCUUUCUCUCUGUCUCUCUCUCUCUCGCUCUCUCUCUUUCUGCAGUGUCUUGUCUGCACAGCACUGCACAUCACAGCACUGCAUUUUCGCUGCAUUCGCCUCUGCAAAGUGGAUCGAACAUCUCAACGCAAAUCGCUGCACUGCGCGCGCGUCUCCACCUCCAGGAACGGCUAAUCACGACAACUCUUCGACGACUGUCCCGACGCUGUAUCACCCACUGGACGAAGCGGUCGCCACGCCUCAUCCAAUCAACGCCGAGAGUUGCGCCCGCCACGCUGUUUGUGGUACCACUGUCGUCUCUGCCCUGUCUGGACGCUCGAAUUCUGCAGAGUCUGGCCCACGACUGUGCCACGUCUGGUGAUCGAGCUCGGAACCGCCCAGCCAUUUCGUGGUCGCGAGUGUUACACCCGACUGUCCUUGUGUCACCGAGAAUAUGGGACGAGAUGCCAGCUCACACUCUACCCACAGUCCGUCGGAAUCACCUUCGGCCGCUUCCACUGCUCUCGACUCGCACGGCCGUAUGACCAUUUCCGGUAUUGCCUUUACCUCCAAUCCCACAAAUGCCUUGUCUCUGAACGACCAGCACGCCGUACAAGUUGCGCCAACUCCGCGUGAAAGGAAGAGUCUACCCGCUGAACUUGGCCGCUAUACCAGCCUCAGCGAUUACCUGCGCAAGCAGCGAGCUCCGCAAGACGCGGCCAUGGCUUCAUACUACAACACUCCUUCGAGACAGCGGACCCAGUACUACGACGAACAAUUCCAGUACAAGGACAACGUUCAUGAAGGCACCAUCCGUGAGCGAGUUCAACGAGAUUCUCCCGUUGUGGCCGAAUUACGCACGAACGUCAUUAUCAAAGACGAGUUCACGUUGGUAACGGACCUCUCGUGCCACCUGGCCGCACGAUACAUGCGACCAGACUCUGCCAUUAUGGUCAAGGUCGAUCACAGCGCCUGCCUCGCCAUGGGCGGCACGUUUGAUCCGUGCUACAUCCUAUCCAUCACAGCCGUACCUUCACAAAUGGGCCCUACCAUGAACAAGCGGAACGCCGCUUUGAUUCAGUCCUUCAUGGCCGACAUCCUCAGCGUAUCACCCGAUCGUGGCGUGGUCAAGUUCCAGCCUAUCCCCGAGGAGAACUUUGCCACAAAUGGCACCACCAUGGCAGGAGUCAUCGAGCGUCAAGAGAAGCAUCACAGUGGGGAUCAUAGCGGAGGUGUUCGGCGCGCCAUGAACAAUGUCGGGCGCAAGAGCCUGCCCAACUUCAAGAAGAGCAUGUCGAAGAUGAGCAAUGACGCAAAGGUGGACAUGGCUGCAGCAGCAGAGUCUCCGCCGGGAGGGGACGGCAUGAUGAGACCUCCGACUGUGAGAACGGACAGCGCGGCACCAAGCAGCAUCUCUGAAGAUGUACAGGACACCACGGUGCAGGCGAGCGCCACCACCGCCCUCGCUACCACCACCACAACUUCGAGCGAGGCGGCCCCAGCUGCCGAGGUAUACGAGCUGCCAGCGACAGAAUUGGAGAAAGAGCGACCAGCAACGGUGCACAAGAGAAAGUCCUCGGGUGGUACGUCGAAUAAUGGAUUACGGAUGAACCCCGUCUCUUCCACCUCCAACACGCCCAUCACGCCGAAGACGGCAAAAAGGGCUCGGCCCAAGACGUUUUCGGGAGAAUCCCCCUCUCCACGGGUCCAUAGCCAUACCAAGAGCGAUUCCAAUUCCCUCGCUGCUGCUGCUGCUACCGCUACCGCCAAGCCUUGGGCGCAUUUGUCUGCGCCGCCUUUAAAGAAAGAGAGACCACGUUCGUUCCUCAAGCAUGAUCCCACCAAUACUGUUGCGAAAGCCACACCGACCAACACAUCCCGGCCCACGACGCCACGGCAGCGCCUGUCGGUUUCACGAGCGAAAGAAAACCUCAUCGCCGGCACUGCAUUCCCACAGGUUCCUUCCAAGCAGCUCAAUGGAGACUGGACCAACGAAUCUGCGCAGGAGAGAUCGCGAAAGAAGAUUGAGAGGUUAACAGGCGAGGAUCCGGAUGCGAAGAAGAAGGAGACGGAAGCCAACAUUGCGAAGCGACGCGCGAGUAUCACAGCUACGCCCAAAUUGCCGCCCAUGCCCGUUGAUCAGCCGGAUUCGAGCUCCAUUGUCCUGGGCAAGCGGAAGAGUUUCCUGUCGGCUUUCAGGCGUAACGCCGCCAAGGCACAACACGCUCAUUGAAGUUGUCAUUUCUUAUUUUGAUAAACAAAGUUUCUUCCUUGUUCGCCAUUAUUCCUGGCACUUGGGAGCCAUCCCUUGGAAGCGUGGCCCACACAUGUACUUACACGAUACCCAAAACUCCAUUUUUCUCUUUGACCAGAAAUUCCAAAUACCAUGUGACGAUAUGUUACAACUGCGCUCGCUGAUUGCUCCAUUCCCAUGACACUACUUCACACACACCCACAACACUUGAGGAGGAGGAGGAGGAGGAUGAUCUACCUCUUCCCCGCCACGACUCUGACCUGAUCUGGCGUACUGCGGGCACUAUCACUCUUGGUAUCAAACGAUUGCUGUUGUCUCUCCACCAAUUCAUGCGCCUUUUCCUCCUCAUCCAGUCGAAUCACCGAUCUCCUCUUGUGUGCCGAAGUAGCACUUUUCGCCGUCAAAGCAUAGCAAGCCAGCGCGAGAAGACUGAGCUGGAUGAGAAAGCUCGGAAUUGUCGUAUAAAAUGCAAAGCGCGUCUCGUGACAUAGUGUAUCAAACGAUUGCGGUACACCUUCUCCUUGCACAUUCUUCCACAUGCACGUCCAUGUUUGAAGGGUAUCUCGAUGUGGGGAUUGGUGGUUGAGGGUGGCUUGGAGGGCUAGAGCGAUGAUGGAGAGGAGGGUACUCGAUACGCUUGAGGCGAGGAGGAUGGUGUUUGUGGGUACAUGCAUCCUCCUACUUCCAUUCCCAUUCCCACAAACCCCUCCCACCACCGCAAAAAUCCCAUUCAACACCACAAUCCCCACUGAAGUCCCCACCAAAGUUUUCAAACCUCGCAUAUCGAAAUGAGAAUUCCAAAUCGGCAGGAAAUAUACGUUGGACGUUUGUGAAGUUUGAUAAAUGUGUAGCGUUCGGCUGGAGGUGCCGAGGAUGGCGAGGUUGAGGGUUAUCGAGAGGAGGGGGAGGAGGAGGUGUGGGAGGCGGUGGGUUGGUGGGGUGGGCAUGUUGGUGGUGGGUUGGUGAGAGAUGGAUGGAUGGAUGGAAUGAAUGAAUGAAUGAAUGAGGAUGAAAAAGAGUGUAGUCUUAUUUUUAUCUUUCUUUCUUUCUUGAGAAGAGUAGAAGUAAACUGUAUAUCAC